GAAGAUCAUUCAUACCAGCUUCACCAACCACUCCACGACAAGUUAGAAUAUAACCUAAUUGCUAGACAGACUUAAAUGACAUGGCAUCCCAGGCUAUUUUUCUGUUGCUCUUAGCUCAUUUCAUAGGACAAGUACCAGAAAUAAAUGCUAAAAUUCCAGCAGUUAUAGUGUUUGGAGAUUCUACCGUGGACUCAGGGAACAACAAUGAGAUAUCUACGGUUCUAAAGAGCAAUUUUGAGCCAUAUGGCAGGGAUUUCCCUGGUGGUAAGCCAACCGGACGUUUUUGCAAUGGUAGGCUUGCAACAGACUUCCUUUCUGAAGCUUUUGGAAUCAAGCCAGCAAUUCCUCCAUAUUUGGAUCCGGCUUAUGACAUAUCAGAGUUUGCAACUGGGGUUUGCUUUGCUUCUGCUGGAACUGGCUUUGACAAUGCUACUUCUGAUGUGCUAUCUGUAAUUCCUCUUUGGAAGGAAUUGGAGUACUACAAAGAAUAUCAGGAUCAACUAAGAAAGUAUCUUGACAAUGAGAAAGCUAAUCAGCUUCUAAGUAAGGCACUGCAUCUGAUAAGCAUUGGCACCAAUGACUUCCUAGAAAACUACUACGUGUCCUCAAGCACGUCAUCACAGUACUCUGUCGGGGAGUACCAGAAUUUUCUUAUAGGAAUUGCUACAGAUUUCAUCAACCAGCUUUACCAGCUGGGAGCUCGGAAGAUAGCAAUAACCGGGCUUCCUCCAAUGGGUUGUCUACCAUUGGAGCGAACAACAAACAUCUUAUUUGGAAGUAACUGUAUUGAGGAGUAUAAUAAUGUGGCUAAGGACUUCAAUAAGAAGUUGCAGGGGUCAAUCAUGAAGCUAACAAAGGAGCAUGAUGGAAUCCAGCUAGUGCUUGCAAACAUAUAUGAUAUUCUCUCAGAAAUGAUUGAUAAUCCAAAUUCCUUUGGAUUUGAAGAUGUGGAGAAAGCAUGUUGUGGGACAGGAUACAUUGAGAUGGGUUACAUCUGUAACAGAACUAACCUAUUCACAUGUUCAGAUGCUAAUAAAUAUAUGUUCUGGGACUCCUUUCACCCAACAGAGAAGACUAACAGCAUUGUGGCAGAUUAUUUGUUCAAAAAUUACUUCUCUCAGUUCAAUGAUCGCUAAAAGGUAGAUGGUCCUUAUAGAAUCAGUUAGCAGGACACAGGAUAAUUCUUCUCUUUUAAGGUUAUUUUGCUCUUUUAUGUGAUACACUGUAAGUGAAACUUAUUUUGAAUAUUAAAAAUUGGAACUUUGU